AUGAGGAACUCGCGCCGGGACUUGAACUGGAUCCACCCCAAGCAGGGCAUCUUGGGCAUGAUCUCCCUUUCGCUGAUGAUCUUGCUGCUGGUCCACCUCAGAGAUGACCUGAUCUUUACUCAAUGCAUCCACUGUGAAGAUGAUCGGUUUUGUUUGGCCGCGCAGCCGGUGAUUUACUGUGAGCUCUCAGAUUGGGCGACCAUGGCCGUUCUGUCGUCGCUGGACAUCGCCUUCGUGAUCAUCGGGUCAAUUCCGCUGAUCGGUGCGUGCAUCUACAAGUCCUGGCGGUGGCAACACGGGGAGGAGUCAGCCCUUGGCUCUGACUUCGAAGCUCCCUGGUACGUCUUCUUCUCGGAGCUUCUGGGUGAAGCGACACCUGGGCUACAUCAAGGAAGUGCGGCAGGCGGUUCCGGAGUUCGAGCACGCGUACAAGAGCAAGCAUCUGGAGGAUGA